AUGCUGUAUCCUGCAGCUCUCCUCGCCCUACUUACCAUCUCCCUCGUCAAGUUACUAUUAUUCCACAAAAACAAACAUGGCAAACUCCCGCCAAGUCCCGCGCGGUCACUCCCGAUCUUGGGCCAUCUCCACCUCCUCAAGACCCCCAUCCACCGCACCCACCAGAAGCUGGCGGAGAAGGUGGGCCCCAUCUUCUCCCUCCACCUUGGCCACAGCCGCCUCAUGGUGGUGGUCUCCUCUCCGGAGCUCGUGGAGGAGUGCUUCGUCAGAAACGACGUCGUCCUAGCCAACCGCCCACAUCUGGUGUUUAGCAAAUACAUAGGCUACAACCACACCACUCUGGCCGUCUCCUCCUAUGGCGACCACUGGCGGAACCUCCGUCGCCUCACUGCCGUCGAGGUCUUCUCCGGCACGCGACUCAAUGCUUUCCACUCAAUCAGGCACGACGAGAUCAGGCUCCUGCUGCAGAAGCUCUAUGGGACCUCUGCUUCCGGUUUCGCGAGGGUCGGCCUAAGACCCUGCCUUUCGGAGCUAACUUUCAAUAACAUCAUGAGAAUGGUGGCCGGAAAGAGGUACUUUGGGGAGGGUGACGAGGAGGCCGCGGAGUUCCGGGAGAUGAUAGAGGAGGUUUUCAGCUACGGCAGCGUGUCCAACCCGGCCGACUUUAUCCCCGUGCUCAAGUGGAUCGAUUACAAGGGAUUCGAGAAGAAAUUGGCCAAGGUCAGCAGGAAGAUGGACACCAUUUUGCAGCACUUGAUUGACGAGCAGCGGCAGAGGAGCAAAGUUAAUGGUGGCAACACCAUGAUCGACCACAUGCUUUCCCUGCAGGGCAAGGAGCCUCAGUACUACAACGACACCAUCAUUAAAGGCAUUAUUUCGGAUAUGCUUCUCGCCGGGACCGACACCUCAGCUGUGACCGUAGAAUGGGCCAUGUCUGCUCUGCUAAACAACCCCGAAAAACUCCAAAAGGCCAGAAUAGAGAUCGACAACCUCGUGGGCAAAGAUCGCUUGAUCAACGAAUCCGAUGUCCCCAAUCUCCAUUACCUUCAACACAUUAUCUCCGAGACCUUCCGGUUGUUCCCAACAGCGCCAUUGCUUGUACCUCACGAAGCAUCCGCUGAUUGUACCAUUGGUGGCUACCACAUACCACGUGGCACCAUCUUGAUGGCCAACGCGUGGGCCAUCCACAGGGACCCCAAGAUUUGGGAUGACCCCACCAGCUUCAUUCCCGAGCGUUUCGAAGCCGCAGAGGUUGGGCCCACCAAGCUCAUGCCUUUUGGCCUCGGAAGGAGGUCCUGCCCGGGGAUGGGGUUGGCCCAACGUGUCGUCGGCUUGACACUUGCCUCACUCAUUCAGGGCUUCGACUGGCAAAGGGUUGACGAGGCCUUGGUCGAUUUGACCGAAGGGACUGGGUUAUCAAUGCCCAAACUCCAACCCCUCGAGGCCAUGUGCAGGGCGCGUGAUGUGCUUCACAAUGUUCUCGGUGGGGUUGGGGUUUCCUCAAACAUAUGA